UUGAAAACUAACUUGCUAACUAGCUAGGUAACACCACAGCCUAGAGAUGAGAGACAAGUCGCCUUUGGCCGCAGGACCUGCUAAACGUUCAAUGACACUAUGAUUUGUGAUGUCAGCGGGUAGUGUUUGAUGCAGGAUGCUUCAGAUACCUUUUGUAAGCCUGGACAGGGACAGAGACCGGCCUCUUAUACGGUUACAGUUCACCCACUUUGCUGUAGCCACGGUAAGCCUGCCACUUAUUGGCUUCAUCGGAUGUGUCGCCACCUCACUCAUCUCACACUUCAAUGACUCCACCUACACUCACUGCCAGGUGCCCAACUACCUCCCAUCCAUCAGUGCGGCAAUCAGCCUAACACCAGAGCGCUAUGUGUGGAGGUUCUGUAUCGGCUUGCACUCAGCGCCGCGAUUCUUGCUGGCGUUCGCCUACUUCUCCUUCUACAGGGGAAAGUUUGUGAGACUCCCAGAGCUGCUUCUCACCGGCCUGACACUGCUGGCCUCGCUCAGUGAGAACGUGGGCCUGCUGCUGCUUACCUACGUGUCCUCAACGGAGACCUACUCCCUGCACAAAAACGGCUUUAUCGUCUUCAUUGGGAGCUCCAUCCUCCACAUGGUCUGCACAUGCAGGCUGUGGCAGGUGAUCAAGAGGUCAGGCUUCGAGGAGAGGAAGUCCUUCCGAUACAAGUGGCGCAUCUUCCUCUUCAACAUCUUCUUCUGCGUCUGCGCUGGCUACUUUUUCAGGCGCCAUAACAAGUACUGUGAGCCGGGCAUCUACACCCUGUUUGCUUUCUCCGAGUACUUGGUGGUCCUCUCCAACAUGGCAUUCCACAUGACUGCUUACUGGGACUUUGGGAACAAGGAAGUGAUGGUUGCCAUGCCCCCAGAGGGCAAACGCUUCUGAUUGGCUGUGGACUCUAGGUAUUGAAAGCUGAAAUAUAAGGUUAACUUGAUACGUAAGUUGCUUCUGAAGGCCUGAAUCAAAGCAUUUGCCUCAUCUUCUCUACCUACCCUACCGACACUACAUUUUGUGCUAGGCUAUUUGAUGCUUCACAGAUGUGACUACUGUGGCCAAUUUGUGUCAACAUGAUGUGUGCUGUGUGCAAAGUGAUAUGCUAGCUAUAUAAAUAUAUAAUGUUUUUCAAUUUGUGUACACAGUGGAAUGUGUCCUAAAGUUUACUCAGAUGCUGGUAGAGGUGGUAUCAUGUUGUCAUUUGACGCAGAGAAUUCCUGUCUGUGAUAUAAUGCCUUGCUUGUGUAGGACUGGAUGUUGUACCCAUAAAAUGACAUGUGAAAUCAAAGGAUGAUGAUGAUAAAGACAACAGUUAUGAUGGUGGUGUGACCUACUAAAAACUGUCCUGAACCAAAGUUUGAUAUUUCAUAUCCUCUGACAAGACAAGGUAUUGAAAAUGCCAUAUAGCACAAUUUAUUGGUCUUUGUUCAAAUCAAAAUGAUUUUAAUUAGUUUGAUCCUAUGUACACCUGCGAUAUAUAUAUAUAUAUAAUGUUUUUUGUGCUUAAUGUGUAUUGUAACUCAGGUAAAUGUCAUUUCAAAUUGUAUUUGAAUUUUGUAGCUAAUUUGUACUGAAGUAGUCUUUUUAUUUCUUGAUGGUAAAACAGCUUUGAUAACAGCUUUUCAAAUGAUUGAAUUGAAUAAAUGUCUGUUGCCAUUGUCAACCUUAUAUUUUUACUGAUGUCUUGAAAUUAAACAGUUUGUCCACACAGUGGCAGUCAAGA